AUGACAAAGCGUAUUUCUACUGCUUUCUACCAACCCAACCUACACAUGAAUGCUGUUCUUAAUAGCACAAUUGCAGGUGUUGUUGCUCCAAUUGAUAUACCAACUCCAGAAGUAGCAGUUGUCACAGUCUCUGAAGUUCAAGUUGAUGUGACCCCAAUGAAUCACGUCCUUACCUUGUUAGCAGCCAACAAUGUGUUGAUGCAAUCCUUGCAAGAAAAUGCAAAAGGAGUGACUGAUGCAAUAACUCAUUUGAAGAAUGGUCUGGAUUUUUCCAACAAGACAAAUGAAUUUUCGAAGAACUCGGUUCUUCAGCUCAUGACUGCAAAUGCCAAAAUAAAAAAGGCAAUGACCAGCCAAAAUUCCGUGAUGCCUUCUGCUGUACUAGUGGAUUCUUCUUCUUUCAUGGAUGAUGAUCUUGACCUUGGAGCAAAACAUCAUCUCUUGAUUUCUCAACUUAUCAAUAGUUACAUCAAGAAACCAAACUUUGUUAGCACAGACCCACUUAAAGUUGCUGAGAAUAAUAAUAAAUCAGCAUGGUCAAUGACUGGCACAUAUGGCAAUAAGUACAACAAGACACUUGCACUGGCUCUCUUCAAGUACCUGAGACCUCAAAGAUGUUGCACAAAUGUGUCAAAGAGUUGCGAGUCUUCUGGACCUCAGAAGAGUAGAUUAUGGCUAGAAAUAAAGCUGGAAGAAGACCUUCUUGACCGUCGUAUUAUCACGUACCAGACAUACACAGAGGCUAUUCAUGAUAGCAUGAAUCGAUAUGAUUGCGGAAAUAUUCUUUUUAUUAAUGUGAUGUCUGAUGAUGAGUCGGAUGGAGAUAACAAAGUGCGGGCAUAUCGUCCCAGCUGGAGAACUGAUGAGCUCCAGACGUUUAUUAUUACUAUUGAUGAACUUACUGUUAUCCAUUUGAAGAAAAAUUCAGAAAGCUUGAAAAAGCACAUCCCUUAUGAGAAAGAAGAACUACACACAUCUGAACUUCGCCUUCUAGACCAAGGUGCUCGCCUACUGCGACUGGAUAGCAGAUUCUAUGCACUGGGAGAAUACUGUUCAUGCUGUCAUCUUCGAACUCCACCUCAUUCACCUUAA